UGAUGGACUGCAGCGAUUCCCUCACAGCUAAUAUAAAUCAAAGAGUUUUGAAUGGAAACUAACUCAGUUCAGUUUAUUCUAAAGUGUCUCAUUGUCUUUCUGACGGCUGAGCUGCUGUUAGCUGAUGGAGGCUGGUUUCUAAACUCAGAUUACAGAUUAGAGGAUGAAGGUCCCUGUAACAUCGACGUGUUGGACAGCUCGUCGCUCUCACAUCAGCAGUUCAUGGAAAGAUAUGCGUACAGCCGGCCGGUGAUCCUCAGAGGUCUGACUGAUAACACAAAAUUCAGGUCUUUGUGCUCCAAGUCGAGCUUACUGGAAGAAUAUGGCGACCGGAAAGUGCGUCUCAGUACAGCGAACACUUACUCCUACAAGAAAGUGGACGUCCCGUUUAAAGAGUAUGUGGAGAUGUUACUGAGGCCUCAGUCUGUGGACUCUCUCGGCAGCGACACGCUGUAUUUCUUCGGCGACAACAACUUCACCGAGUGGCGACUUCUGUUCGAGCACUACGAGUCUCCACCGUACGUGCUGCCUCACACCAGCGGAGCGUACAGCUUCGGGAUCGCAGGUGCUGGAACAGGAGUCCCUUUCCACUGGCACGGCCCCGGUUACUCUGAGGUCAUCUAUGGCAGGAAGCGCUGGUUCCUCUACCCGCCUGAUCAGGAGCCUCAUUUCCACCCAAACUACACCACCCUGUCCUGGGUGACCGACACUUACCCCAACCUGCCUGAGAACGAGGCUCCUCUGGAGUGCACCAUCAGACCUGGAGAGGUUCUGUAUUUCCCGGACCGCUGGUGGCACGCCACUCUGAACCUGGACACCAGCGUCUUUAUCUCCACCUUCCUGGGCUGAGCUGACGGAGACAACCCCCCCCCCCCCCA